UGACAUUGCAAGUUACGCCACGUACGAGGAUCUCUACGGAGAUGCAUUUGUGUUCACUCGAAUUGAUGAUAUCCAUACCACACACAGCACCAUCAAAAUUCAGAAUUCAAAACACUCUUGUUGCUGUCUUUCUUCUCUUGAAAAUAGAAAGAGAGAGAAUUAAUGAUGGCUACGGCAGCAAAAGCUUAUUCACCCUUUAUGAUGGCCGCCCAGAAGCCCAUCCCUACUCCCACCAAAACUCUCAGCUCUAGAAAGAGUACACAAACCGUGAAACUAUUGACGCGAGUCGAGCAGCUCCGCCUACUGAGCAAAGCUGAGAAAGCCGGUCUCUUGUCUGCUGCUGAGAGUUUUGGACUAUCUCUGUCCACAAUCGAGAGGCUUGGGCUCUUAUCAAAAGCGGAAGAUUUGGGGGUUUUAUCAGCCGCUACUGAUCCCGGUACACCUACUGCUCUACUUAACCUUAGCCUGGUGCUUCUUGUGGUGGGGCCCGCUUUUGUGUGUGUCGUGCCUGAGGAUUACCCUUGGGAAAUAGGUUUGCAGGUUAUUGUUGCUUUGUUCUCUGUGGUUGGAGGAUCUGCUGCUUUUGCUGCGUCAAAUCUUGUAUCCACUUUGCAGAAAUCAAAUUAGUUAGACAUUUCAUUUAUUCUUAUAUUAUUUUUGGUGUGUGUGAAGAUAUUGUUUGAAUAUGCGGAUUAAUUUAUGAGAACGAAAUCCUAUUGCUGCCUAGAGUAAGCUCAAGCAAUUUUGUUCAUAUUGUUAAGGAAGAUAUUGUUUGAAGGGUGGUGACUCUUUUGAAGAGAUAUUAAGGCCCUAUGGAAAUGGUGUAACCACCGCUUUUGAACUUUUCAUUCCCCAAUCUUGAACAAUAUCUAAGAUGCAUUUCCUUUGAUUUAAGUAUGUCCCUUUAUGAUCUUUGGGAAUCACAGGCCACAAAAAAUAUCUAGCCACCUACCUUGAUUGUAAACAAAUCAAUAAGAUAUAUAGUUUUUAAGCUAGUGAAUAUCCUCCGAAUAACUUCCAGUGCAUAUGAUGUAGGACGUGAAU